GAGGGCAUGUGCCAUGAAUUCCAACAGUUUCUAAUGAACGGGAAUUUAUACUGCAACAGAGACAUGGACCCUGUUUUUGGCCCUGAUGGCAAGACCCAUACCAAUAAGUGUGUCAUGUGCCGAGAACUCUUGAAAAAAAGAGGAAUAGCUGGCAGCAAUGGAAGUAGCUGGCUUAAAGAUUCUUCUUCAGGAGUGGAUGAAACUUGCCGUGCAUAUUGGCCUUACUUCAUUAAUGGGGGGGCUUCCUGCACCAGAGAGCAUAACCCAGUUCGUGAUGCUUCAGGCAAACAGCAUAACAAUAGGUGCAUGAUGUGCCUACAGCAGUUCAAAAAUGGAGGUAAGAUGAAUUCUCUUGAACAGAGCCAACCACAAUAUGGAAACAAUGAGAGGAGUGACAAUUGCUAUGAAUAUCGGUCACAGAUGGGGCCCAAUGGAGAACUCACCUGUACACGUGAGAAUGACCCAGUACGUGAUAAUUCUGGCCAAACUUACAGCAACAAGUGCAUCAUGUGUGCAGAGCAAUUCAAAAGAGAAGCAAGACAAGGCAAGCUUAUUGGUGGAAAUGGAAAAGGACAACCAAGCCCCUAUUCAUAUGGGAACAGAGCUACUCAAGGGGAUUUUAACCAAGGAAACUUAAAUGAGAGGAACUGCAAUCAGCAUGGUGGUUCAGCUCAACCAAAUAAGGGAUAUAACUCCUGCACAGAAGAGAGAAUUGCGCGUGGUGAUUACAGAACACAUACCAACUGUGGAGGGACAGGAGACUCUUCAUAUUAUAGUGCAAAUUGUCAAAAAGGACCUUUUAGCAACAGAAAGAAAAGUGGCACUGUCGUUUACCACAAGUUGAACUGCAUUCUAAUUCUAGCCAACCUUAAAAAAAACAAGACUUCCUGCCAGGCUUUGUGGUCUCCCGUUUGUGGCACUGAUGCAAAAACAUACAGCAAUAAAUGUUUCCUGUGUUUAGCGAUUGUGGAUGCUGAAGAUAUCCUAACAAUAAGGCAUGAAGGUGAAUGUACAGAAGUCGUUCAUGAAACGGUUGAUUGCAGCAAGUAUCCCCAAACCAGAGGACAAGUCCUUUGCAAAACAAGCCCUCCAGAAGUUUGUGGCACCGAUGAUGUGACAUAUCAGAAUGAAUGCCUGCUUUGUGAUCAAAUUCUGAAAACUAAAUCAGAGAUUGGCAUAAAGAAUAUAGGACCAUGUUCUAAGAGCAAACUGUGAAGAACUGAUAUUUGAAGAAACAGUCACAUCUCAAGUGGUACCCAACCUGUCUUCAUCCUAUAUUUAAGAAGUAUGACAAGCUUAUAAUAAAUGGACAAUAUCCAUUACAUUGAGUGGAACUGGGAAGACAUUGUCCAAUGUUCUGGUUCAAGUUUUCAGAUCUACUCGUUCAGUCAUUACCUUACUGGUUUCAUUCUUAUGACUACCACAGACUCACUUGAGUAUUUUCUCACAUAAAUAAAUCUCACUGUUCUAACUGUACUUAUUCAAUAAAAUAAACUAAAUAGCUAAGAGA